UUUAAUUCCGUUUAUUACAUUCGAUUAAUCAGCUUUCAAAACAUCCUCUUUUGCAGCAAGUUAACAUAUCUUUCUCACGUGGGUUGGAUGCCUUUUUCAAGGACAAAAAUGCUAAUAAAGGGACAAAAGCUAUUGCAAAAUCGCUUGUCUUCACUCUUGUCGUCACUGUGUAAACAUUUUAUUCGAACAAGGCUAUUUGUCAUUAGACAAAGGCGCUCGGGCGAGAAGUAAACACUGGCCUAGUUAAAUUCAGAUUCAAUAAUCCCGCAGAAGACGUGAAAUAUUUCCUGUGAAGCAAAACAAGAUUAUCAGGGAACCGUGGCCUUGACAGUGCAUUGCUGUAUUUUGGACUGAAAGAAAAAUGACGUGUUACACCUAUCGAACAAAGUACAGGCUCAGUUUCCUGGCAAUGAUUGUUCUAACUCUUACCUUGUGUUUGGCGAAAGUUUUCAUAGGCUACAAGGAGAAUUCCUUGUCUCUCAUUGCCGACUCGUUUCACCUGACAUCAGACGUUGCAGCUCUUGUUAUCGGCUAUCUAGCCCUAAGAUUCUCAGAGAGGAAGAUUGAAGGAAGAUAUACAUUUGGUACUGUGAGAGCAGAGGUUCUGGGUGCUACUGUAAACGCAAUUUUUUUAGUUGCAAUUUGUUUCAGCUUAUGUGUAGAGUCGCUGAAACGAUUGGUUAUUCCUGAUAGCAUCGAACACCCAGAUGCUGUACUCAUUGUCGGUGUUAUCGGAUUAGUUGUAAAUGCAACCGGACUCAUUUUGUUUCGGUAUGAUAGCUUCAAAUGCUAUAGCAAAAAGGAGGAGACUGUUAAAGACUUGAAGAAAUUUUCAGUGGAUGUAAAGUCCGAAAGCAGCCCCAGCUCAUGUCAAAGUUCACGUUUACUACCAAAUGUGCCAGGAGACAGUAGAAGAAGCAGCAGCUCUGCACGUCCAUCACACCAACUGAACAUCCAUGCAGUUUAUCUCCACAUUCUCCAGCAUGUUUUUGUAGCCAUCAUCGUCAUUACGUCAGCAUUGAUUGUCAUGUAUGCAAAAGGAGGCUGGCUUGUUUACGUCGAUCCCGCCCUUAGUCUCGUAGUCGUUGUAUUCAUUUUGAAAACCUCUGUGCCACUGCUUAAGGAGUGCCUCGCUAUUUUCAUGCAGACAGUACCGACAAGUAUACAGUUAAAUCAUUUAGAAGAAAAACUCAUAAAGAUCAUCCCCCAAGUAAUUGGCGUUCAUGAACUGCACAUUUGGCAGCUUGCUGGUGAUCAGAUCGUUGGAUCUGCACACAUUGUCUUUCGAUCACACAAGGCCUUCAAUCAGCAUUCGAUCAAAGGCGUACAGGCUUUCUUCAUGCAAGAAGGAAUCAGUUCGCUUACGAUACAACCUGAAUUCUCUGAAGUUUUUCGAAGAAAAAAUGACACUGACUGCAGCCUUUCACGCAAUCUAAACGGUGGCGAUUGUCUGCUCCUGUGUGCAGAGAGGAAAUGUGCCUAUUUGACUUGCUGUGAAACUCCACAGAAGAUCCUUGCCAAACUGACCGAUGAUCUGUAAAAAGGCUGCAUGCUUUUUGAGGAAGAAGUGGUUUUAGAUAAUCGAGCUGGCUCCCUAAUUAACCAUCCUACAUCUAAUUACAGCUUACAUAAUAAUCAAUAAUUUUUUUAUAGAUAUUAAUAAUUUCUUUGUCGACACACGCUACAAAAUUUCAUAGCCAGUCUUUUGUAAAUGUAAUUCACAAAGUAAAUAUGACGGAAGAAGAACAUCAAUAAAACGAGCGCUGCAACAGUAAUAUCAAGAGUAUAUCUCCACUUAACCAGAUCAAGGGGCGAUUGUCCCCGCUUCUACUAUUUUAAAGGUGUUUGUGGGUAAAUCCCACAUCGCACUGCAUACCCUUGAAGAUCAUCACAGAGAACUGGUUCUGUUGAUGCAAAGUCUGUUACCACUUCCUUAAUGAUUUGUCGUUAGUUUGUUUGCUUCUUUGAAUGUCAAUUUGCUUAUUAUCUUUAUACUUUUUUCUUACAUUUCUUAUUCCGUAGCAACCUUUUUUGCUGAAGUAAAAGAAAAUAUGUAAUAUCAAACAUGCUAUCGUUGAUUCAUUGUCUAUAAAAGUAAUAAAUACCAUUUCAUUUUGCAGAACAUAUUAGUAAGAUUAUUUACGUUAUUGAUCUAGAAUGCACAUGACAAACUAUAAUUUUUAAAUCUCUAGGUGUCUUUUUCUUGAAAAUUUGCUACUGAAUCUCGCUCGAUUGUGAAACAAUGGAGCCCUCAUAAUUCGCUUUAUGUGUAAUCAUUUUCUAUAAUGUUUUAGGAGCUGGUCAUAGGAAAAUGUCCAUGAUAAUAUAAUUACUAAAAUAUCAAUUGUAUAUGGACUCCAUACAUAUGAAACUGAAGGCAGUAACAAAACACGUGUGUACGAGAUUACAUCAUUGAUCAGGGGAUUACAUGGGCGGAUGUGAACAUUACAUUCUCUUCAGACUGGACACUUUAUAACUCGAAAUAAGAGCGGAAUGAAGUCAGCUACUUAUAUUUUGAAAGAAACUGUUUCGGAUAAUUUCUUUGAAAGCAUUGCAAUGACCUACACGUUCGUUAUCAAAGAGAUCACUUAUGUAUCUUACCGGUGUAUACCCUAAUAAUUAGAAUAAAACCCCAUGGUAAUGGAGGAGGAGGGUUAUUUUACCCUUUACAUUUUAGUGGAUUUCUUAUUUGAUAGGCAUAGGCUUUUUGAA